UCUCUCUCUCUCUCUCUCUUAUUCUUCUCUUUCACUUCGCCAUUAGAAGAAAAGAUAAACACUUUCAAAUACAACUCUUCCAACAACUCCUUUUUAUUUCGUAAAGGAAACGACGACGUUUACUGUACGAUAUACUCUUUUUCAACCUGCAUUCUUCUCCAAUCAAUUUCCAGAUUUCGAUUAGCCGUCGAGAAAGCCGAGAUCUUAAGGUUACUUUGAAAGUUAAUGCAUUUGUGUGAAUGUUCGUCGUUGUAAAGGUUUCGUUUCCGCCAUGACCACCACCAAGCGCGCUUACAAGCUCCAGGAAUUUGUGGCACAUUCUGCUGCUGUGAACUGUCUUAAGAUUGGGAGGAAGUCAUCUAGGAGUCUUGUAACUGGUGGGGAAGAUCACAAGGUUAAUCUUUGGGCUAUUGGUAAGCCCAAUGCCAUUCUGAGCUUGCAAGGGCACUCGAGUGGGAUUGAUUCAGUAACGUUUGAUGCUUCGGAAAGAUUAGUAGCUGCAGGUGCUGCUAGUGGUACUAUUAAACUUUGGGAUCUCGAGGAGGCAAAGAUUGUCAGGACUCUCACUGGUCACAGGUCGAAUUGCAUAUCAGUUAAUUUUCACCCGUUUGGGGAGUUUUUUGCUUCUGGUUCUCGAGACACGAAUCUUAAGAUAUGGGAUAUAAGAAAGAAGGGCUGCAUCCAUACUUACAAAGGCCACACUCGAGGUGUCAAUGUACUCAGAUUCACCCCUGAUGGUCGCUGGGUUGUAUCUGGAGGAGAAGACAAUGUUGUGAAGGUCUGGGAUUUGACAGCUGGGAAACUGUUGCAUGAGUUCAAGAGUCAUGAAGGGCAAAUUCAGAGUCUGGAUUUCCAUCCCCAUGAAUUUCUUCUGGCAACAGGUUCAGCUGAUAAGACUGUAAAAUUCUGGGACCUUGAAACAUUCGAGCUUAUUGGUUCUGGUGGAACUGAGACUACUGGUGUUCGUUGCUUGACCUUUAAUCCAGACGGAAAGAGUGUGCUUUGUGGAUUGCAUGAAAGUCUCAAGAUUUUCUCAUGGGAGCCAAUAAGAUGUCAUGAUGGAGUCGAUGUUGGAUGGUCAAAUUUAUCGGAUAUGAACGUUCAUGAGGGAAAGCUUCUUGGUUGCUCAUAUAAUCAAAAUUGUGUAGGCGUGUGGGUUGUAGACCUCUCGCGUACUGAGCCUAUGAGUGGAGGCGCCAGUCAGCCAAAUUUUCAUUCAGAGAGGAUAUCGGGUUCAGGCAGAGAUCAACCAGUUCUGAAUGAUAACAGCUCAAAGGUUAUUCUCAGAAAUGGUUCCCAGAAAGUGAAUUCUUCAUUGAAAGAAACAAAGUCUCAAGGAAGAUUAUCAGUUUCUCAAAACCCAGAUCCUUUGCCAAAGGAAACAAAGCCUACUGGAAGGUCAUCAGUAUCUCAAAGUUCAGAUCAUUUGAUAAGAGAACCAAAGCCUCUUGGAAGGCUGUCAGUUAGUAAUAACUCAGACGCAGUUAAAGAGUCAAUAACCUGGUCAUCCACAGGAAGUACAUCAGGCUCUCCUCGUAGGGUCACAUCAACCAGUUCUCCAAAAGUUGCUUCUGGUGUUUCUACGGUUGUCUCUACUGCUGCAGUCUCAAAGAGGAAUAAUUUUGCAAAAGAUAACGGAAAGGCAAAUCUUCCAGUAGUCAAUAAAGAGGAUUUUUCCCCAGUAAUUGUCCCCAGAACGGACCCAGUGAUUGAGCAGGCAGUUGAAUCCAGAGCAGAACUUGACAUUAUUGGAAGAACUAUGCCAUAUUCGUUGCAGUCAAAGGCGGCUGAUUCUAGAAGGCUAUCCAGCAUCAGAAAUGAGCCGGAUCUGCCAACUGAUUCGCUUCUUGAAAGGUCUCAGUCUCAGCCUAUAGAACCAAGCAAUUUACCAGAAGGAAGUACAUUUACUAGUGACGAAUGUGGCACAUGGGAUGCAACUGAGAGGAAAAAUAAAGACAAUAGAUACAGGGGUUUUGGAAGGUUUAAUUCAAGAUCUUUGCUGAGAUCACCUCCAAGAAAUCACGACGAAAACUCUGACUUGAAUAGCUUUAAUGCAAAUAGAGAUCAAAGUCCUAGUGAAAGUCGAAGAGGAGGAAGACUGCAUUCCCUAGCUCAAUAUAGAGAAAGAAGAGGAAGAAUUUUCAACUUGGAGGGUCAAGUUUCGAGUUCUUCUGGUGGAAAUAUGACUACACCAAACAUUCGCCCUUCUUAUAUGCUCAAUCAGAGAGGAAACCAUGUGCCAGUUGAUGAAGCAAUCACUUCUGAUAGUGAAGAAGAUAAAGCUGCAGAGCUAAUGGGGCAGCACGAUCAAUUUGUCAGCUCUAUGCAGUCUCGUUUGGCUAAAUUACAGGUUGUCCGAAGAUAUUGGGAAAGGAACGAUAUUAAAAACUCGAUAAGUUCAAUAGAGAAGAUGGCUGAUAAUGCUGUCGUUGCGGAUGUACUGGUUAUAAUCACUGAGAGAACUGAGACAUUGACACUGGAUACUUGUACCUCUCUUCUUCCCCUUUUGUCAGCUCUUCUAGGGAGUAACAUGGAUAGACAUUUGAGUGUCUGCCUAGACUUGCUGCUUAAACUGGUAAGAAUCUAUGGGUCACAAAUUUACUCGUCGCUGUCAGCUCCAUCAUCUGUUGUUGUAGAUAUUGAGGCUGAGCAAAGGAUGGAGCGGUAUAGUCGUUGCUUUGUUGAACUCGAGAAAAUCAAGGCGUGUCUUCCGUCUUUAGAAAGGUUAGGUUUUCUUCAUUUACUGGAACAAUAG